AUGGCUGAGCCUGUGUCAGACAUAAAGCCUCAUUGGAAGUGGAUCACAGAGUCCAUUCAUCUGAUGUUAUUCCUGGGAGGGUCUGUGAAUGGCCCUGUGUGUGUCCUGAUACAGGGAGCUGGUAAACAUGUGUGCUGUCUACUCUGACUCCUCCAUAAGCUCUGCCCUGGCCCAACUGGCUGUAUCCUACAUAAUUGGGGCAAGGCAACCUUUAAAAGUAGAGAGAGUACGUAAGUCCCUCUGAGCUGGAAAAUGUAAACAAAGCAGACGUUGUUAAAAUCAGCCAAACUCUGCCCAAUUUGAGAGAUAUAAAGCAGAAUCUAAAAUGAGCGAUUGUAUCAGACCCUACAUGUAGUUCAAGUAUUUAUGUACAGUGCUUUCGGAAAGUAUUCAGACCCCUUGACUUUUUCCACAUUUUGUUACGUUACAGCCUUAUUCUAAAAUGGAUUUAAAAAUAAUAAUCCUCAUCAACCUACACACAAAACCCCAUAAUGACAAAGCGAAAACAGGUUUUUAGAAAUUUUUGCAAAUGUAUUAAAAAUAAAAAGCAGAUACCUUAUUUACAUAAUUAUUCAGACCCUUUUCUAUGAGACUUGAAAUUGAGCUCAGGUGCAUCCUGUUUUCAUUGAUCAUCCUUGAUGUUUCUACAACUUGAUUGGAGUCCACCUGUGGUAAAUUCAAUUGAUUGGACAUGAUUUGGAAAGGCACACACCUGUCUAUAUAAGGUCCCACAGUUGACAGUGCAUGUCAGAGCAAAAACCAAGCCAUGAGGUUGAAGGAAUUGUCCGUAGAGCUCCAAGACCGGAUUGGGUCAAGGCACAGAUCUGGGGAAGGGUACCAAAACAUUUCUACAGCAUUGAAGGUCCCCAAGAACACAGUGGCCUCCAUCAUUCUUACAUGGAACAAGUUUGGAACCACCAAGACUCUUCCUAGAGCUGGCCGCCCGGCCAAACUGAGCAAUCAGGGGAGAAGGGCCUUGAUCAGGGAGGUAACCAAGAACCCGAUGGUCAGUCUGACAGAGCUCCAGAGUUCCUCUGUGGAGAUGGGAGAACCAUCCAGAAGGACAACCAUCUCUGCAGCACUCCACCAAUCGGGCCUUAAUGGUAGAGUCGCCAGACGGAAGCCACUCCUCAGUAAAAGGCACAUGACAGCCCAUUUGGAGUUUGCCAAAAGGCACCUAAAGGACUCUCAGACCAUGAGAAACAAGAUUCUCUGGUCUGAUGAAACCAAGAUUGAACUCUUUGGCCUGAAUGCCAAGCUUCAGGUCUGGAGAAAACCAGGCACCGCUCAUCACCUGGCCAAUACCAUCCCUACGGGGAAGCAUGGAGGUGGCAGCAUCAUGCUGUGGGGAUGUUUUUCAGCGGAAGGGACUGGGAGACUAGUCAGGAUCGAGGAAAAUAUUAACAGAGCUAAGUACAGAGAUCCUUGAUGAAAACCUGCUCCAGCGCUCUCAGGACCUCAGACUGGGGGCGAAGGUUCACCUUCCAACAGGACAACAACCCUAAAGACACAGCCAAGACAACGCAGGAGUGGCUUCGGGACAAGUCUCUGAAUGUCCAUUAGUGGCCCAGCCAGAGCCCGGACUUGAACCCAAUCGAACAUAUCUGGAGAGACCUGAAAAUAGCUGUGCAGCGACGCUCCCCAUCCAACCUGACAGAGCUUGAGAGGAUCUGCAGAGAAGAAUGGGAGAAACGUCCCAAAUACAGGUGUGCCAAGCUUGUAGCGUCAUAACCAAGAUGACUCGAGGCUGUAAUCGCUGCCAAAGGUGCUUCAGCAAGGUACUGAGUAAAGGGUCUGAAUAUGUAAAAGUAUUCAGAAAAAACUAUUGAAUCCAUUUUAGAAUAAGGCUGUAACAUAACAAAAUGUGGAAAAAGUCAAGGGGUCUGAAUACUUUCCGAAUGCACUGUAUUUGAGCCAGGUUCUGGUGUGGAACAGUUGCAACUCAGCAGAUAGCGGCAGAAGUCAACAACUGGGGUUAUCUGCAUUUGUUCCCCGUCACAACUAGUUCCUGCAGGCCAUUACCAGUCUGUGAUCUGUGGGGACAAACAGCUGUGGUGGCAGCAGGGGGCAUGGUGUGUGUGUGUUUGUCUGUGUGUAUAGAGAUAGCGCAGUUGACACAUGUCGGACUUUCGUCAUAAUAUUUGUCUGGCUAGGGACCAGUAGCAACAGUCUUCCAUUUCAUAGGUUGCACCUCCGUCACUCGGUCAUCAUGUCAUCAAAUUGACUUUAGACAGAUUGCAAUGUUAUUGGCUAGCAAAGUUUGUCAACAAUAGCUAGCAAUGCUAAUGUUAGCUAGCUAAAAUCCGGUGGCCUCCCCUCAAUCUUAGCUAGCUAAAGUCAAUCUGGUGACAUCAAAAUUAUGACAAAAGCUUUUCCUACUAAUUAUUUGCCUCCUUCUGAAUGUCAUUGUAGUUCCAAGCCACUGUAAUGCACUUUUGAUGAAAUCUUUAUCAGCACUCAUUGACAAUGCAUUUGAGUAGAAUGCUCAGUUGGUCAUCAGUCCAAAACGAACGUUCAAAACAAUAUUGUGACGAAACAUGCAACCCAUUAAUACUGGUUAGUAGUCAGGUUACUGUACACAGAGGUUAUGCAAUCAAUUAUUAUUAUUUUAUGUGUACAAUUUUAUGGGUGUCUCUUAUUAAUGCUAUGUGGUGUAGUGUAUGGAUAAAUGUAUAUAAAAGUUGUGCAAUACUAUGAAUUGACUGUGUUUUGCACUUGUCAUGGUCAACCAAUAGUUCUGUGACUUACACAGGUACUGUAGUGAGUGAGUGUUUUGUUUAAGGGGUGUAUCCAUGACCCUGUGAAUCUAGUGGCUAUGACUGGUCAGUUUUUUUCUCUUUCAGAAUGUUAUGGGGUAGGAACAUUCGUGUUUGUGCCAGUAUUUCUGUGGGGAAGCUAAUUAGCAGGGCGCCAGUAAAACACUCCCAAGAAAGGCUUUGGGAAUGGCAGUAAUGCUUCUAAAAAGCUGGUUUGCACACCGCCAUUAAACCCCAAAAGAAGAAGGCGGCUUUGAGAAAGAGCUGUCUUGUUAUACAACCACAGUCAUCUGAUGUUAUAUCAAAUAAGACCAAAUCAGAUCACAUUAUCACAGCCAGGUGUUGCAAUCUCAGCUGACCACUUCGAAAAUGAAGGUCUAAGACACUGGAAUAAUUCUUAGAAACUGAAAUAGAUCCUAGAAAAUGAAGUUAUUUGAAAAUGACUCCUUUGAUUAAGUUUAAAACAGAAAUAAGUGGAAGUGUGACUUGACAUUCCCUCUAAAGUGAAUCAGCUGGUAGAACAGGUGGUCUCCUAUCUCAGUGGUUCCCAAACUGUGGGGCGCGGGGGGGGGCUUUAAACGUACCGUACUCUUGAAAGUUGUAAUAGAAGAAUACACAAGGUGCAAUUUUGAAAUUUGGUAGUGCAUCAUCAGUUUCUCUUGUCAUGUUAGUCAUUGCAUACCUUAGAGAGCAAUUUAUAACUUGUCAGAAAUGUCCAGAUCAACUAGCCCAUGUCAGCUAACAUUUUUUUAUUUAGGUUUUUUAGCCAAUAGAUAUUGUUGUACUUUUUUUGUCACAUGGAUACACAUUAGACAUGGCAAAACGUAUAGAAUUGCAAGAGAAGUUGCUUUAAAACUGCAAAAUGUUCUUUGCACCCCAUGACAAAAUGUUUACAAUUGCAGGAAAUAAGCUUUAAACCUGCAAACAGUGCUUUUGCCCAUAGAAAUAGAGGUGGCGUGUGUGCGCCACCUCUAUAAAGAUAAAACAUUUGAGUAAUUUAAUAGGAUCUCUAUGGUGGAGCCUUAGUGUUGGAACCAUAUUCAGACAGACAUACAGCUAACUCUGUUAGUGUAAUGUAGCGGCCCUUAACACCAUGUCUCAAUCUGAAGCCCCAUGGUUCUUGCCUAAACUAGUGGACUAUAUAGGAUACCAUUUCGGACACAGCCCAUGUCUGAGUGGCAUAGAGUACAUCAUAAUACUGUAGUAACAGUCAUGCUCUCACUUUUCUUAGCUACCAGCUUUUACACUCUGUAUCUGGGAUUCUACUAUUCUACAAUUUUACGGCCAUUUUCUGCUCAAGACAACCCUAGACACACAUACACACAGUUGGCUUGACAGUGUUUUGAUCUCAGGAAGUGAAGGCUGGGUUGGUAGAGGGUAGAAAGUGUAAGUGUGUGUGAGGCUCUAUUCUUAACCUUUUUUAGCUUUCCUUGUGGUGGAGACUGGAGCGGUUCAGGGAUUGCUGUUUACACCCUGCUGGUGUCUUUCUCCCUACUGUCUGUGUGUUAACUGCUUCCUGGUCUCCUCAAAACUCCUCAAUACGCCUUUGCAGACCAUGAACUCAUUACUAAUCUUUGAUUGGUCAACAGGUUUCUGGGCCCGGGAAGUUGGCCAGCUGAUUGGCUUUGAGCACCCCACUAUCCCUGUCCAUCACCAGUAUGUUGUCACAGCAACAGUGCCUGAGGUACUAAUUUAAUUACAUUUUAAUGUCUUACUGUAUGAACUAUCCUUCAGUGUGCCUAUUUUACACUAAAUGUGUUGUGACGUUUAACAGCUAACAGCGUUUGAUUUGAUGUUGAAGAAAGUUUUAUGUGUUUUGUUGUGUCUAGGUGAAGGCCCUAAAGACAGAGCUGCCAGUGAUCAGGGACCUGGAGGGUUCCUACUACCUCAGACAGGAGAGAGAUGGACUGCUGUUUGGACCCUACGAGAGAGAGGAGAAGAUGGUGUUGCAGGACUCCUGGGUUAAAGAUGGAGUACCACCAGGUCUGUCUGUCUGUCUGCUGAUCUCUCUAUUGCUCUCUCACCCUCUCUCUCUCUCUCACCCUCUCUCUCGCCCUCUCUCUCUAUGCCUAACCUCAGUUGUACUCUCUGUGUGUGUGUGUGUGUGUGUGUGUGUGUGUGUGUGUGUGUGUGUGUGUGUUGGAACAGGUUUUGGUAAGGAGUUGUUUGAGUCAGACCUGGACCGUAUCAUGGAUCACGUAGAAAUGGCCAUGGAGAUGGUGCCUGUGCUGAAGAUUGCUGACAUCAUCAACAUUGUGUCUGGACCAAUCACCUACACCCCUGACCUCCUUCCUAUGGUUGGACCGCACCAGGGAGCACGCAACUACUGGACCGCCAUCGGCUUCGGGUAAACAGGAGUGGGAGUGUUUGUGGGUUUGUGUGUUUGAGUGUGUGUUUGGGAUGGGGUCUGGGUGGAUGGUGUAGUGUGAAAGUUCUAAGCAUCUUCCCUAUUGUGGGAACUAUAAAAGCCUUAUUAUGUUUGAUUGACAGGGAGUAGGAGGUUGUAGCUUAAAGUCAUACCUCACGGUCUGUGUGUGUGUGUCCCAGGUAUGGAGUGAUCCACGCCGGUGGCAUUGGGAAGUUCCUCAGUGAUUGGAUCGUGACAGGGGAACCUCCCUAUGACCUCAUUGAGUGUGACCCCAACCGGUAUGGAAAAUGGACCACUGUACCCUACAUGUGUGCCAAGGCCAGAGAGUCCUAUGGAUUCAACAAUGUGGGUGAGUAGUCACUACCAAUGUUCCCUCAAAUGUUUUUCAUCACUGAGCAAAUUUCAGGUCUUCUAUGCACAAACUUGAAGGUUGUGAAAAUUCGGUGCAACUUCUGGCACGUUUACUGUGAACACUGAGGCUGUACCCGCUUUAAGUUAGUUUUAACAGUGGUCAAGUAGGCUACUGGGGGCGGCAGGUAGCUUAGUGGGUAAGAGCGUUGGGCCAGUAACCGAAAGGUCGCUGGUUCUAAUCCCCGAGCCGACUAGGUGAAAAAUCUGUCGAUGUGCCCUUAAGCAAGGCACUUAACCCUAAUUGCUCCUGUAAGUCGCUCUCGAUAAGAGCGUCUGCUAAAUGACGUAAAUGUACUGUGGCUAUUUAAUCAUAAUAUAGGCCUACCAGAGUGACCUACCAUCAAAGACAAUGGAGAAAAUGCAUCCCAUAACAUUUUAACAUGGAAAUAGCUGUUCUAUCGUUCAGCCUACAGUAGCAGCCAAUGUGUGGUGUUCAAUGUAGGCCUACAUUCCAUGAGACUUUUGGAGAAAAAAAACAUGCAUGGCUUGACAUUAACCUGUUUAUCCACUUGUCCUUCAGACAAGGAGGUGACUGAAAAUGUUGUUGUGUUUGAUGCAAGAAACCACUUUACAAAAUAAAAUGCAUAAUUUUUCCCAUUCCAUUAUUACAGAGAAUCAGACAAAUUAUGCUACCCUCUGCUUACUUAGCUUAUGCAAGCCUGUCUCAAAAUACAACACAGCCCCUUUAAGACAAAAAAAGCAAUUUUACCUGACUCGCUUUUCAAAGAUUUUGUGCUCUUGUAGGAAGCAAUCACUCCCCCAUUGCUGACAACAAAUUAUCUAUAACUGAGCUAAUAACUCAGUAACUAGCAAAGGAUAUGAACAAAUGUACAAAUGUGCGCACGUUGCUACAUGUGGCUCUCGCUUUGAUCACAAAACAAGCGCAUCUAAUCACGACCGCUCAUGCUGUAAAAACAGUCCAGUUCAAAAUGAAUGGCACAGGUCCAUAUAUGGCAAUGGUCUAUUUGCAUAUAGGCCUACUGCAGCUUUGAUUGGUUAUGGCGCACCGGUCUGUGUAGAGUAGGGGCCUGAGUCGUGCCUGUCAAUGCAAUAGAAUCCUACUCCGAUGCAUUCUGCCUACAAUAAAAUCUCUUGCAUAGUUCGUUUUGUUUCGGCAUGUUGCAUUGAAAGUGGCUAAUAUUAUGUUGAUCACUCACAAUUCCCACGGUAAAGGGAAACGUUGAAAGUGUUACCUAAUGGGGAAAACUGAGUGAAGUUCAAUCUUGUGCUUCUCUGUGCGCGCUGAUAUUUAUUCUGCACGGCAGAGUCCCAGGGAGCUGCGCACGUGCGCAGCUUAGAGAGAACAUUGGUCACUACUCGGUACUCUGGCUGGCCUAUAGUGGAGAACGGGUUUGGACAACUGGUUAGUGGGUUUUCAACUCAUUGGAUUUCUUCACUUGAUGAAGUAAAGGCAUGUCCUAGUCAAGAAUGUUAAGAAUUAAUCUGUUUUAAUGUCUUUCUCUCCCUCUCGCUCUCCUUCCCACCUCUCUCAGUGGGCUACCCUAAAGAGGAGCGUUUUGCGGGCCGUCCGACACACAGGACCAGUGGUGUGUAUGAGCUGCUAAAGGGGAAGGCUUCCAUGGGAUUCCACGCUGGCUGGGAACAGCCUCACUGGUUCUAUAAGCCUGGAGACGAUGCCGGUUACAAGUAAGAUACCAAACCAGUCAAUCAAUCAAUCAAUCAAUCAAUACAAAUAUGACACUAAACUGAGUGUUAACCCAAUGAGUCCCACCAUAACGCCGGCGUGAUUUAGGACUUCAAACCCCUUUUAUACAUUGUGUGUUUGAGCUACAGACUUAUACCAUUGGAUUUGUCUAUUUCGUCUGCAUCGGUAGAUACCAACCAUUAGUCUGUGUGAUUAACUGGGGCAGAGUUAAAAAGUUGUUUGUGAGACAAGGGUAGAUUCCGCCGGAACCGGGUCUUAUUACAAAAACGUCUGUAGAGUCGGAAUGGUUUGAGAUACAAACUAUUAAAAGCUAUCUAUGAGACUCUCACGAACACGCAAGUGUAACAUGUUUUGCUCUAUGAUGCUCACAAGAGUCGUUAGAAGGUAAGAAGUUCCUCAACAUAGAAGAUCAUAGGAAAUCCCAGGACAUAGUGUCUAUAAUACUGUAAUAAGCUCACAGUUGCUGUCACAAACUCCAAACUCCACACAAUUGUCACUGACUAGUAGGAUAUUCAUUUCCCACAGAGCAAACAAUUUCUGUACAUAUAAAUUCAUUUUUAUUAAGUUUAUGCUUUGACUGACCUUUAAAAAAAAUAUAUUGACACACACACACACGACAGCAGUGUGGUUUCGUCCCGGUGCAGCUGAGUGUGUGUUAGAAUGUUCAAGGUGAGCUCACCGAAUGUACCAUGGCAUUAUGUAACAGUUACUCUACCCAGCACAAUAUAACAAUUUAGAGAGAACAUCAAAACACAUUUAUUUACAUGUAAUGCCUUGGGAAAUAAAUCAUGUGUAGCUACUGUUCAAUACCCUUUAUAAAUCAAAUCAAACUUGUUUUGUCACAUGCGCCGAAUACAACAGGUGUAGACCUUACCGUGAAAUGCUUACUUACAAGCCCUUAACCAACAAUGCAGUUCUUGAAAGAGUUAAGAAAAUAUUUACCAAAUAAACUAAAGUAAAAAGUAACACAAUAAAAUAGCAAUAACGAGGCUAUAUACAGGGGGUACCGGUACUGAGUCAAUGUGCGGGGGACAGGUUAGUUGAGGUAAUUUGUACAUGUAGGUAGGGGUAAAGUGACUAUGCAUAGAUAAUAAACAGAGAGUAGCAGCAGUGUAAAAACAAAGGGGGGUGUCAAUGUAAACAGUCUGGGUGGCCAUUUGAUUAAUUGUUCAGCAGACUUAUGGCUUGGAGGUAGAAGCUGUUAAGGAACCUUUUGGUCCUAGACUUGGCGCUCCAGUACCGCUUGCCGUGCGGUAGCAGAGAGAACAGUUUAUGACUUGGGUGACUGGAGUCUUUGACAAUUUUUUGGGCUUUCCUCUGACACCGCCUAGUAUAUAGGUCCUGGAUGGCAGGAAGCUUGGCCCCAGUGAUGUACUGGGCCGUACGCACUACCCUCUGUAGCGCCUUACGGUCAGAGGGCGAGCAGUUGCUAUACCAGGCGGUGAUGCAACCGGUCAGGAUGCUCUCGAUGGUGCAGCUGUAGAACUUUUUGAGGAUCUGGGGACCCAUGCCAAAUCUUUUCAGUCUCCUGAGGGGGAAAAAGUGUUGUCGUGCCCUCUUUACGACUGUCUUGGUGUGUUCGGACCAUGAUAGUUCGUUUGUGAUGUGGACACCAAGGAACUUGAAACUCUCUACCCGCUCCACUACAGCCCCGUCGAUGUUAAUGUGGGCCUGUUCGGCCUGCCUUUUCCUGUAGUCCACGAUCAGCUCCUUUGUCUUGCUCACAUUGAGGGAGAGAAGUCAAGAAGUCCAGGAUCCAGUUGCAGAGGGAGGUGUUUAGUCCCAGGGUCCUUAGCUUAGUGAUGAGCUUUGUGGGCACAAUGGUGUUGAAUGCUGAGCUGUAGUCAAUUAACAGCAUUCUCACAUAGGUGUUCCUUUUGUCCAGGUGGGAAAGGGCAGUGUGGAGUGCGAUUGAGAUUGCGUCAUCUGUGGAUCUGUUGGGGCGGAAUGCGAAUUGGAGUGGGUCUAGGGUAUCUGGCAUGAUGCUGUUGAUGUGAGCCAUGACCAGCCUUUCAAAGCACUUCAUGGCUACCGACGUGAGUGCUACGGGGCGGUUAUCAUUUAGGCAGGUUACCUAUGCUUCCUUGGGCAGAGGGACUAUGGUGGUCUGCUUGAAACAUGUAGGUAUUACGGACUUGGUCAGGGAGAGGUUGAAAAUGUCAGUUGGUCCGCGCAUGCUUUGAGUAUACGUCCUGGUAAUCCAUCUGGCCCUGCGGCUUUGUGAAUGUUGACCUGUUUAAAGGUCUUGCUCACAUCGGCUACAGAGAGCGUUAUCACACAGUCAUCCGGAACAGUUGGUGCUCUCAUGCAUGCUUCAGUGUUGCUUGCCUCGAAGCGAGCAUAAAAGGCAUUUAGCUCGUCUGGUAGGCGCGUGUCACUGAGCAGCUCGCGGCUGGGUUUCCCUUUUGUAGUCCGUAAUAGUUUUCAAGCCCUGCCACAUCCGACCAGCAUCAGAGCCGGUGUAGUAGGAUUAAAUCUUAAUCCUGUAUUAACGCAUUGCCUUUUUGAUGGUUCGUCUGAGGGCAUAGCUGGAUUUAUUUUAAGCGUCCAGAUUAGUGUCCCACUCCUUGAAAAGCGGCAGCUCUAGUCUUUAGCUCGAUACGGAUGUUGCCUGUAAUCCAUGGCUUCUGGUUGGGAUAUGUACGUACGGUCAUUGUGGGGACGACGUCGUCAAUGCACGUGCAGGUGGUAUACUCCUCAAUGCCAUUGGAUGAAUCCCGGAACAUAUUCCAAUCUGUGCUAGCAAAACAGUCUUGUAGCGUAGCAUCCGCGUCAUCUAACCACUAGACUGAUAAUAUCAGUCCAACUUCAUCCUCAUGUGUUGGUCUGAAACCACUUUUGUUUUAAGAGCUGGAGGUGUUUUGGAGAUCAAACCUAGGGUUAGGUUCCAGUUGGCCCGUUUAAACUCAGGUUUAGGAUCCAGUUGGCCAACUCAAACCCAGGGUUAGCUUCCACUUGGCCACCCACAAGUGGCUGACUAGGCUAUUUAUUGGCUCAGAGAAUCUAGCACAAUCUGUGGAAUUUCUUUAUGAAAUUAUGCCCAUGGUAUAUGAAAAUAGUUGUCCAUAUGUAAAACUAUAAAAACCUACUGUAUAAGGGCUCAGUGAUGCAACAUUAUGUAAGUACUGGCUGUGAAUAGUCUCCUUCCUAAUGCCAUGUCCUUGUAUGACUGUUAUUUUAUAGCACAGCGUUAAGUCUGGCAAGAAACUCUAGCCAAUAAAUACACUAUAUAUACAAUUGUAUGUGGACACCCCUUCAAAUUAGUAGAUUCUGCUAUUUCAGCCAGACCUGUUGCUGACAGGGUAUAAAAUCGAGCUCACAGUAACAUUGGCAGUAGAAUGGCCUUACUGAAGAGCUCAGUGACUUUCAACGUGGCACCGUCAUAGGAUGCCACCUUUCCAACAAGUCAGUUUGUAAAAUGUCUGCCCUGCUAGAUCUGCCCCGGUCAACUGUAAGUGCUGUUAUUGUGAAGUGGAAAUGUCUAGGAGCAACAACGACUCAGCCGCGAAGUGGUAGGCCACACAAGCUCACAGAAUGGGACCGCCGCGUGCAGAAGCGCGUUUCCAUGGCCGACAAGCCGCACGCACACAAGCCUACACAAGCCUAAGAUCACCAUGCUCAAUGCCAAGCGUUGGCUGGAGUAUUGUAAAGCUUGCCGUCAUUGGCCUCUAGAGCAGUGGAAAUGCGUUCUCUGGAGUGAUGAAUCACGCUUCACCAUCUGGCAGUCCUACGGACUAAUCUGGGUUUGGUGGAUGCCAGGAGAACUCUACCUGCACGAAUGCAUAGUGAUACCUGUAAAGUUUGGUGGAGGAGGAAUAAUGGUUUGGGGCUGUUUUUCAUGGUUCGGGCUAGGCCCCUUAGUUCCAGUGAAGGGAAAGCUUAACGCUACAGCAUACAAUGACAUUCUAGACAAUUCUGUGCUUCCAACUUUGUGGCAACGGUUUGGGGAAGGCCCUUUCCUGUUUCAGCAUGACAAUGCACCCGUGCACAAAGCGAGGUCCAUACAAAAUAGAUCGGUAUGGAAGAACUUGCACAGAGCCCUGACCUCAACCCCAUCGAACACCUUUGGGAUGAAUUGGAACGCCGACUGCAAGCCAGGCCUAAUCGGACAACAUCAGUGCCCGAUCUCACUAAUGCGCUUGUGGCUGAAUGGACGCAAGUCUCCGCAGCAAUGUUCCAACAUCUAGUGGAAAGCCUUCCCAGAAGAGUGGAGGCUGAUAUAGCAGCAAAAGUCUAGGUCCAAAAGGCUUCUUAACAGCUUCUACCCCCAAGCCAUAAGACUCCUGAACAGCUAAUCAUGGCUACCCGGACUAUUUGCAUUGUCCCCCCCACCCCACCCCCUCUUUUACGCUGCUGCUACUCUGUUUAUUAUCUAUGCAUAGUCACUUUAACUCUACCCACAUGUACAUAUUACCUAAAUUACCUCGACUAACCGGUGCCCCUGAACAUUGACUCUCUACCGGUAUCCCCUGUAUAUAGCCUCCCUAUUGUUAUUAUAUUUUACUGCUGCUCUUUAAUUAUUUGUUACAUUGUUGGUUAAGGGCUUGUAAGUAAGCAUUUCACUGUAAGGUCUACACCUGUUGUAUUUUGCACAUGUGGCAAAUUCAAUUUGAUUUGAAACGAGGGACCAACUCCAUAUUAAUGCCCAUGAUUUUGGAACGAGAUGUUCGACGAGACGUGUCCACAUACAUUUGGUCAUGGAGUGUAUGUGUAUACAGUGCCUUCGGACAGAAUUCAGACCCCUUGACUUUUCCCUCAUUUGUCCUUUGGUCUGGAGUCCAAAUUGGAGAUUUUUGGUUCCAACCGCCGUGUCUUUGUGAGACGCGGUGUGGGUGAAUGGAUGAUCUCUGCAUGUGUAGUUCCCAUCGUAAAGCAUGGAGGAGGUGGUGUUAUUGUGUGGGGGUGCUUUGCUGGUUACACUGUCUGUGAAGUUAUUUAGAAUUCAAGGCACACAUAACCAGCAUGGCUACCACAGCAUUCUGCAGCAAUACGCCGUCCCAUAUGGUUUGGGUCCCACUAUCAUUUGUUUUUCAACAGGACAAUGACUCAACACACCUCCAGGCUGUGUAAGGGCUAUUUUACCAAGAAGGAGAGUGAUGGAAUGCUGAAUCAGAUGACCUGGCCUCCACAAUCCCCCAACCUCAACCCAAUUGAGAUGGUUUGGGAUGAGUCGGACGGCAGAGUGAAGGAAAAGCAGCCAACAAGUGCUCAGCUUAUGUUGGAACUCCUUCAAGACUGUUGGAAAAGCAUUCCAGGUGAAGCUGGUUGAGAGAAUGCCAAGAGUGUGCAAAGCUGUCUAAGGGUGGCUAUUUGAAGAAUCUCAAAUAUAAAAUAUAUUUUGAUUUGUUUAACACUUUUUUGGUUACUACAUGAUUCCAUAUGUGUUAUUUCAUAGUUCUGAUGUCUUCACUAUUAUUCUACAAUGUAGAAAAUAGUAAAAAAAUAAAGAAAAACCCUUGAAUGAGUAGGUGUGUCCAAACUUUUGACUGGUACUGUAUAUGUCUAGUGAGUGUGUGUUGCGUCAGUGCAAGAUAGGGUCAGUGCAGAUAGUUCGGGUGACAUUAAUUUACCAUUUAGCAGUCUUAUGGCUUGUGGGUAGAAGCUGUCUCGAAGCCUGUUGGUCCGAGAGUCGAUGCCGGGACCAUUUUGCCAGACGGUAGCAGAGUGAACAGUCUAUGGCUUGGAUGGCUGGAGUCUUUGGCAAUUUUUCGGGCCUUCCUCUGAGACCGCCUGAUAUAGAGGUCCCGGAUGGCAGGGAGCUCUGCCCCAGUGAUGUAUUGGGUUGUCCGCACCACCCUCUGUAGCACUUUGCGGUCGAGGGCGGUGCAUUUGCCAUACUAAGCGGUGAUGCAGCCAGUCAAGAUGCUCUCGAUGGUGCAGCUGUAUAACUUUUUGAGGAUCCAAAUAUUUUCAGCCUCCUGAGCGGGAAGAGGCGCUGCCUUGCUCUCUUCACGACUGUGCAGGUCUGUCCCAGCCAAUACUUUGUCAUUACAUUUUAAAUAAACCAAGUAACUAACCCCCAAGUGUCUGUCUGUUUACUCCCCAGGCCCAGUUUCAGGCGUACCAACUGGUUCGGUCCAGUGGGGAGGGAGUGUAAGCUGGUGAUGGAGAAGGUUGGGGUCGUUGACCUGACACCCUUUGGCAAGUUCAUGGUUAAAGGGAAGGAUUCUCAGAAACUGCUGGACAGACUGUUCGCCAACACUAUGCCCAAGGUAAGGAUAACACUAUACACAACUACUCACUGUAUUACAACUCACUGUAUUACAACUCUGCUAUAUACAACUCACUGUAUUACAACUCACCAUGCUUCUAUAUUACUUCUUACUGUAUCUCACCAACACUAGGCCCAAAGCGAGAGGGACUGUAUCACUGCAUCGCACCAGGCAAAACUCAGUCACUCUCAUAGACAGCUCACUGCACCACUGUAUAACUCACUAUUGCCAACAGGUGGCAGUGUUCAGUUUGCUGCCCAGUUAGAGGUUUAUGUUAAAUUUAUGUUUCACUCUCUCCCAUGUCAGGUGGGCCUGACUAACAUCAGCCACAUGUUGACCCCCACUGGGAGAGUCUACGCUGAGGUCACCAUUACCCAGCUCACACCUGGAGAGUUCCUCCUCAUCACAGGAUCUGGAUCAGAGCUACACGACCUCAGGUAACACUGACUGACUGACUGACUGACUAACUGACUGACUGACUGACUGACUGACUGACUAGCCCAGGCCAGCAAGGUGUAGAGUCAAGCCGUCCCAUAUAAAAUUAUUCAGUAUUCCAUUAUAUAACAUUAUUCUAACCCACUUAGAAACACUGGUAGUAUAACUCAGUAAUCCAACCUCUCACAGCAGCUGUUACUGUAACGGCCCCUCUCUCUGCUCCAAUAGGCACACAGCACAUUAAAAACAAAUGAAUCUCUAAUUCCUCUCACUCUAUUCAUUCAGCUCUCAGUCUCUCUCAUACUCCCUGAGACAGUCUGGUGGUGUUGUAUAUCACCCCCUAGUGGUAACAGGAGAAGGGCUGACUUAUCUUUUCCACCAAGGGCCAUGUGGGUGCAGGGUUUUGCUCCAGCCCUACACUAAUAUACCUGAUUCAACUAAUCAAAGCUCAUAUCGAAGACUUUGAUUAGAUGAAUCAACAUUGUGCCGGUGUUUAUUUUCCUUUCUGAGUUCCUUGAAGUUGUAAGCAUAACCAUAUAACCCUAUGGAUCCCUCCCUAACCCCAGGUGGAUUGAGAAAGAGGCAGCAGAGGGGGCAUAUGAUGUAGACAUUUCUAACGUGACAGAGGACAUUGGGGUGUUGGGUGUGGCUGGACCAAAGGCUAGAGACGUUCUACAGAAACUCACUCAGGAGGACAUGAGCGACGCAAGCUUCAAGUUCCUCCACUGCAAACCCAUUCAACUGGCUGGCAUCAACCUCAGAGCUAUCAGGAUCUCCUACACAGGUGUGUGUACGUGUGUGUGUGUUUGUGAGCUUAAACAUUUUUAAGAGUACAUGUAGCGUGUGAGUGAAUGUACAGCUCAACUGGCUGUGUGUGUGUGUUUCAGGUGAGUUGGGCUGGGAGCUGUACAUUCCUCAGAAGGACAUUGCAGCGGUGUACCAGGCUAUCAUGGCAGCGGGAGAGGACGAGGGCAUCGACAACUUUGGUACCUACGCCAUGUCAUCACUACGACUGGAGAAAGGCUUCAGAGGCUGGGGUGCAGAGGUGUACACACAUACACACACACACACACCUUUUUAAGUUGUUUGUGGAUGUUGGACUGAUGUUUUUGUCUCAUCAGAUGAACUGUGACACCAACCCUCUGGAAGCUGGUCUGGACUACUUCAUCAAACUCAACAAGGUAGACAUUGUUACUAGCUACUGCUGUUUCACCAGUCAACCACUGUAUGUGUGUUCAAAUAGAGGUGUUCAUAUUCAAACAUGUAGCUUAUUUUUAGAUGUUAUGUAAUUGUGCCAUGUAGCCAGUAUACUAAGUCUACUUAGUUAACAUUUCUCCUACACACCUGUAUUAUUUUUUGGUUAUUUAUGCUACGUAUAAAUACAGCACACACACCCACUCUCUAACAUCUCUCCCUGUCUGUCUCCAGCCUGCAGACUUCAUCGGUAAGGCAGCGCUGCAGGAGAUCAAAGCUAAAGGUCUGAAGAGGAAGCUUUCGUACAUCACCAUGGAUACGGACGAUGUUGACCCAGAGGGCAACGAGACCAUCUGGCUCAAUGGCAAAGUGAGCUGUGUGUGUGUGUGUGUGUGUGUUUGUACAUGUUUUCCUACCUUAUCAGGACCACAAUGUCCUGAGAAGUCACCAGAAUGUUCUGACAAGGUAGGAAAACAAGAAAAAAAAUGAACUUGUUAAAAUGCUAUUUUAGGCUUAAGGGUUAGGUUUGGGGUUAAGGUUAGGGUUAGGUUUGGGGUUAAGGUUUGUGUGUGUGUGUCAGGUGGUAUAGAGGCAACACAACAUCAGAGGCUUCCACUUCCACCCAACGUUUGCCUUCCUGCAACCUUCUCUAUCUCUCCUAGGUGGUUGGUAACACUACAUCUGGGGCCUACAGCUACACCACCCAGCAGAGCCUGGCAUUUGCUUACCUGCCAGUGGAGCUGUGUUCUGUGGGGCAGAAGGUGGAGGUGGAGAUGUUGGGGAGGAAGUACCCUGCCAUGGUGGUCCAGGAGCCUCUGGUCCUCACAGAACCCACCAGGACCCGGCUGCAGAAGAAGGCCAAGAGCAAGGCAUAG